AUGCUGGCUCGUUCCCUCACGCGCGUGCCCACCCGGGCCAUCGCUCGCCAAUCGCUCGGCAAGUCCACGCGUGCUUCAUCCACUGCCGCCGGUGCCGAGUCCGCCAGCUCCCCUUUCUACCUCACCCUCACUGCCUCUCUCGCAACCGCCGCGGCCGCCGGUUCGACCCUGUGGUACUACCAUCUCUAUGGCAAGGAGGCUUUCGCCAUGACCCCUGCUGAGGAGGGUCUUCACCCUACCGCUUACCCCUGGGUCCACGAGCGUUUCAAUAAGACCUUCGAUCACGCUGCCCUCCGUCGUGGUUUCCAGGUUUACCGUGAAGUUUGCGCCAGUUGUCACUCUCUGACCCGUGUGCCUUGGCGUUCAUUCGUCGGUGUCAUGCACACUGUCGAUGAGAUGAAGGCCAUGGCUGAGGAGCACGAAUAUGACACCGAGCCCAACGACGAAGGCGAGAUCGAGAAGCGCCCCGGAAAGCUUUCGGAUUACAUUCCCCACCCUACAAGAACGAUGAAGCUGCCCGAGCCUCCAACGGCGGGCCGCCACGGUGGUUGCAACUACGUGUUCUCUCUGCUCACAGGUUACCCCGACGAGGCACCCGCUGGUGCUAGCGUCGCCGAGGGCAUGAACUUCAACCCCUACUUCCCCGGUACCGGUAUUGCCAUGGGCCGUGUCCUGUUCGACGGUGUUGUUGAGUACGAAGACGGCACUCCCGCCACCACUUCCCAGAUGGCCAAGGACGUCGUUGAGUUCCUGAACUGGGCUGCCGAGCCCGAGAUGGAUGACCGCAAGAAGAUGGGUGUCAAGGCCGUCGCCCUGCUGACCGGUCUCUUCGCCAUUAGCGUUUGGGUCAAGCGCUACAAGUGGGCCCCUAUCAAGACCCGCAAGAUCGUGUCCGCAUCAGUUGGUUAA